AUGUCAGUUUUUCAGAAUAUCACCUCUACUUCCAUCAUUUUCCUGCUCACUGGUGUUCCUGGGCUGGAAGCCUUCCACACCUGGAUCUCCAUUCCCUUCUGCUUCCUCUAUGUAACUGCCCUCUCAGGAAACAGCCUGAUCCUCUUCAUCAUCAUCACUCAGCCCAGCCUGCACGAACCCAUGUACUAUUUCCUCUCCGUGCUGUCCACCACUGACCCCAGCCUGUCCAUAUCCACUCUGGUCACCAUGUUGGGUAUAUUCUGGUUCAAUGUGAGGGAAAUCAGCUGUAAUGCCUGCUUGUCCCAGAUGUUCUUUAUUCAAUUGUUUACUGUCAUGGAAUCCUCAGUGCUGUUGGCCAUGGCUUUCUAUCGUUUUGUGGCCAUUACUAAUACUCUUAGAUAUUCUUCUGUCUUAACUGAUCUUAAAAUAGCACAGAUUGGAGUAGCAAUUAUCACCAGGGGAACACUAACACUGACUCCUAUGGUGGUGCUUCUUACAAGACUGUCCUAUUGCCACAGCCAUGUGCUCCACCACUCCUACUGCUUCCACCCUGAUGUGAUGAGGCUCUCGUGCACAGACACCAGGAUCAACAGUGCAGUUGGACUGACUGCUCUGAUUACCACUGCUGGGGUGGAUUCCAUCUUUAUUGUUGUUUCUUAUAUUUUGAUCAUUAAGACUGUUCUCAGCAUUGCUUUCCCAGAAGAAAGGAAGAAAGCCUUCAGCACAUGUAUCUCCCAUAUUGGGGCUGUUGCUGUAUUUUACAUUCCAUUGAUCAGUCUGUCCUUUGUUCACAGGUUUGGAAAGUGGGCCCCACCCUAUGUGCAUACUCUGAUUGCCAAUGCCUACCUACUAAUACCUCCUGUAAUGAACCCCAUCAUGUAUAGUGUGAAGACUAAACAGAUACGCCAGGCUAUGCUAAAAGUUCUCCAUUUUAGCAUGGCAAAUAACCAGAUGAAUGUUUCAGUCUUUUCUAGUCUUUGUCAUUUUAUAGUUGAGUGAAACGCCAUUCGAAGAAGUUAAUAUGUUUAGACUCAUGCUUGUGUUUAAAGUUUCCCAAAAUACAACUUUAAUUUGAAGUAAGAAGACUGUGAACUAAGAGAGAUUAAUAUGAGCUGAAGGUUCUCAAGGAUAUCAUUCUUUUCCUUUGAUAGUCGUGAUGAUAAUAAGAACAUUUUUGCAUUCGAGAUGUAUCAUUUUCAAAGACUUUGUUAACCAAUGACCCAGCUUAGUUUUCAAAUGUGGAAUUAUUUUGUUUAAAAAAAUGGAAAAAGAGAAAGUAUCUACUUAUUAUUUAAACUUCUCCUUUAAAGAGAUAAAUAACAUUACCCUGCUCUCAAGUGGGAAUAAAAAGUGAGUUAACGAUUUCAAAUUACUAAAUCUUAUAAACAAAAUUUACUGUAGACAACUUGCUGUGCCCAUGGUUACUUAAUUGUUCCAAAUAUUUUUACUUUCCUUUGCCUCUGGCCUCCUUGACUUCCACAUUUAGCAGCUAGUAUAAUAAAUAAAUAUUUUAUUGCCUUGUCAGUAACCUAACUGUAUUUGGUCAAAUAUUCAUACUUUCUUCCAGCUCUUCAGGGAAGAUG